AUGUUGCCGAGCCAGGCCGGGGCCGGGAACGGCGCCGCCGCCGCGCUGGCCCGCGGCUCGGGACUGGGCCGGUCGCCGGUGCCGCGUGGGGCGAACGGCGGCGGGGCGGCGGCGGGGCCGCCCGGGGGCCGCCUGGAGCGGGAGGUGCUGUACAGCGGCAGCGAGGGCGACUCGGAGUCGGCCGAGGAGGAGGAGCUGGGCGGCGAGCGGCGCGGUGUGAAGCGUGGCCUGGUCGAGGCGGCGGCGGCGGCGGGGCCCGCGGCGGGAGCGGCGGCGGCCGCCUACAGCGGCGGCGUCGGCGGGGGCGGUGGGGCUGUGAGCGGCGCCAAGCCCGGGAAGAAGACGCGGGGCCGGGUGAAGAUCAAGAUGGAGUUCAUCGACAACAAGCUGCGGCGCUACACCACCUUCAGUAAGAGGAAGACCGGCAUCAUGAAGAAGGCCUACGAGCUCUCCACGCUGACUGGCACUCAAGUCCUGCUGCUGGUGGCCAGCGAGACGGGCCAUGUGUACACGUUUGCCACACGGAAGCUGCAGCCCAUGAUCACCAGUGAGACGGGGAAGGCGUUGAUCCAAACGUGCCUCAAUUCCCCAGACUCGCCCCCGCGCUCGGACCCGACCACUGACCAGCGCAUGAGCGCCACGGGCUUUGAGGAAACGGACCUCACCUACCAGGUGUCUGAGUCAGACAGCAGUGGGGAGACCAAGGAUGCACUGAAACCAGCGUUCACUGUCACCAACCUGCCGGGGACAACAUCUACCAUCCAGACAGCCCCCACCACCUCGACCUCCAUGCAGGUCAGCAGUGGCCCGUCAUUCCCCAUCACUAAUUACCUGGCGCCAGUGUCUGCUAGCAUCAGCCCCAAUGCCGUCACCAGUGCCAACGGGACAGUGCUGAAGACUACUGGAGCCAGUGCAGUGACAUCUGGGGGCCUCAUGCCGAUACCCACUGGCUUCACCCUCAUGUCAGGUGCUUCCCUUUCUCCGGGGACCCCUACCAUUCCUCUCACUCAGUUACAGCCGCACUCCCUGGCUCUUUCCAGCCAGCAGGGCCAGGUGGUCACAGGUACGGCUGGACAGCUGCAGCAGGCACAACAGACAGUCUUCCGCUUCCCUGCCAGAGCUGGAGGGCAGAUCGUGUCGCUGACAGGUGGUACUAUGGCUCAGCAGGUCCCAGUCCAGGCAAUCCAGGUGCACCAGGCACCGCAGCAAACGUCUCCCUCUAGUGACAGCAGCACUGACCUUACCCAGACCUCUUCCAGCGGAACAGUGACCCUCCCGGCGACCAUCAUGACAUCGUCUGUGCCAACCACUGUGGGUGGCCACAUGAUGUACCCCAGCCCACAUGCGGUGAUGUACGCGCCCACAUCUGGCCUUGCGGAUGGUGGACUUGCAGUCCUCAACGCUUUCUCACAGGCGCCCUCAGCGAUGCAGGUGUCCCACGGCCAGGUCCAGGAUCAGGGUGGUGUCCCCCAAGUGUUCCUGACAGCCCCAUCAGGCACCGUUCAGAUCCCAGUCUCAGCUGUCCAGCUUCACCAGAUGGCUGUCAUCGGGCAGCAGAGCAGCAGUGGCAGCAGCCUGACGGAGCUGCAGGUGGUCAACCUGGACACCUCACACAGCGCCAAGAGUGACUGAGAGGCCUCUGCUGCCAGCCUUGUGCUGUCCCUGGCUUGUCAUGCCAGUGCUGGGGCUGGCGGCAAUUCCUUCUCGUACAGACUGCACCAGUUAUUUAUUGUUGCCUUUUCACGUUUCCUUCAUCCACACAUGCACACACACAUGCACCCACCCACACACACACAUACACACAGGCAUGCGCAUGGGGCUGCAGGACCCACCUGGGGUGGAGCUGUGCUGGGGCCAUGCAGGGCUUGGGGGCGUUCGGAUGCUGCGAUAGCUGUGCUUGUCUCACGCCAGCCAAAGAAACUUGUCUCUUGAGCGGAGGAUUGCUCUGCGCUGUAAAUAAAUACUGUGGGCCAUUCCCAGCUGGAGGCUCUGGCUCCUUCUGGGUACUCCAAGUCACCUUGCCCAUGAGUAUUUGCUCUGUGUGGGGCUCAGCUCAGACCCAGAGCUGUCCUGCGGGCGCAGCUCAGAGCAGAGCAGGCCAAGGCUGUGCUGCUGGCCUCAGCAAUGUGCCUUUGUGGGGGGUGACAGGUCCUGGCUGCAGCAACUCACCCUGGGCUCUGGACAGGGGAGAGUGGCCAGUUUGCAUGUGCAUCUCUGGUUGGGCGUGCACGCCCUCCCUCUGGAGGGCAGGGCACAGCCUGCGGCUCGUAGCCCUGUCCUCCUCGUAUGCACUACAGUGAGCCCUCUGCCCUUAGUGCCUCCUCACUGGGCUGCCUGGCAGAUUUGCAGCCUGACUGGCUCUGCCCGGGUGGCUGCCCUUGCACAGCUGAGGUGGUUGGUUGGAUGCGUAGGAGCACAACGAUGCCACAGAGAGCUCCUGAGGGGCUCUGUGGCCAGUCCAGCCCCACGCUCUCCUCUCAGCCGUCACACUGCUUGUGGACUCCUUACACCCAGGGGAACGUGGCUGGGUCUUUCCCACAUCCCCCUGCAGCUCCAGCCAGUGCUUUCUAAAUUUCUGUGUCUGAUGCAAGGUGGAGAAACAACUCAAGUGUCAAAGGGAAGAGCCCAUGGGGCACUGAGCUGCUGGGCAGAUGGCAGGCUCUUCCUCUGAGCACCAGGGUGACCUGCAGGCCAUCCUGGGCUGUGGAGGAGCAGCUGUGAUGCCUGUGCAAGCUCAGCAAGGCCAGGGGAAAAGGGCUGGAGCAUGCUUGGUCCUGCAUGGGAGUUGCUGUGAAUGGCUCUGCUGCCUAGCCCUGUCCCUGGAGGGAGAGUGAGUGAGAGAAGCUGCUGAAUCCUUAGGGGAAGACGCAGCUACUGUAACAUUUAUUUUUUUUUUUUUAAGUUAAAGACAAAAGACGCCUUGGAGGAAAAAAAAAAAAAAAGAAAAUGACUUUAUUUUUCUAAGUGUUAAACUCAGUAUUUAUGUAAUUCUUUAAGGAAUAAAAGUUUGGCUCCUG